CUUGAUCAAAUCACCUAUACCACUCAGACUUUGUCCUUUCAUAAAUCGCGCGUGUAUGAGCCACAAAUUUGUUUGGAAUCGGACACAGUUUUGAUUUGACCGCUUCUGCCAAAACUUGCAAGUUGUCGAGAUGGAGCACCAAUCGCUUUGUGACUGUUUGACCAUAUGGUGCUCAGCGACCUCCAUCAAUGACCAAGGCCACCGGGUCGUUGUAUACUGUGUAUAAUCAUAUGACUAGAAGCUUUUAGUCUCCACAUUGUACUUGCUAGUGUUUGCGCCUAUAGGAUUUAAUUUUACCUAAUAAUUCCCCCAAACAUCAGCAUUAAUGCAACAACCAACUAUUUUAAGAAUUGCCAUCGUUGGAUCUGGUGGGGUUGGCAAGAGUUCUCUAACUCUCCAGUUUGUGUAUAGUGAGUUUCUUCAGGACUAUGAACCAACAAAAGCCAAUUCGUACAGGAGAAAAAUGACGUUGGAUGGGGUGCCACUACAAUUUGAUAUUCUAGAUACUGCAGGUCAGGAAGAUUAUAGAGGGAUUCGAGAUUAUUUUUUUAAAAUUAGUGAAGGUUUUAUAUUGGUGUUUGCUAUUGACGAUAGCGAAUCCGUUAACUCUUUGGCAACAUUUCGUGAGCAUAUUCUUCGUAUUAAGCAAUCUGACCAAGUACCAAUGUUAAUUGUGGCUAAUAAAUGUGAUCUGAAAGGUUGUGUUCGAAAUAAUUAUAUCAGUCAAGGCAAGCAGUAUGCAGAUGAUUGGCAUCUUGACUUUAUCGAAACUUCAGCAAAAACAUACAGUGAUGCUGAAAGGGUAUUUCUUGAAAUUGGUAAAAAAAUUCGUGAAUCACAUAUGGCCAGUAUACAAUAUCCGAGAAAAGUGGAAAACUACAAACGAAGAAAAAAGUGUACAAUUUUGUAAAGAUCAGCAUAAACCUGUACAUCUUGAUGAACAUUCUCAGAUUCGUGCUCCAUGAAUUCAGUGUAGAAUGUGAAUGAAAGCAAGAAAUAUGGGAGAACAUGUAAAAAUUUUGUUAAUCUCGUUAUCUCUAUUUUUCAACAAAUGAUCAAAUUUUAUUUUUAGAAUCUUUUUACGUUUGUUUUAUGAUUUCACUUUUUCCUUCUUUCUUUUAUUCUUUACCUUCCUGUCGUAUGUGUGCAUGUGCUUAUUUCUAUAAAAGUUAAUAUAAACAAUCAUUGUUUGUUGUUUUUUGUUCUCUCAAAGAGAAGGGGGUCAGGUUGGUUGUCCCCACUUAUGUAUUUGUGAUUUUUAUCCCAAAUUAAUUUAUGAAAGUGCACUCAUCAUCAAAACAGCCGGUGUGAUGAUGUUUCGUAUUUUUGAGAAUUCUUUUCAAAGUGUUUAGCGUAUUUAUUUAUUUCCUAUCGAAUUACACACAGUUCUUUAUAAAUGUAACUAUAUGUACAAAUUUAUUUAUCUAUUUAUAUUCGUAACUAAACACAUUGGCGAUCAUAAAGCAUUUUGUUUACCUGUUGUUAUUGUUUUUACACGUUCUAUUCACGUGAUUUUCUAGGAUUAUAAUUUUAAACAAACUUUCAAAUCAAUAACUGAAAUUAAUUUAAAUGUACUCCUUUCCGAAUUGGUUUUUGGUUUGUUCUUCAUGAGUAUUUAGGAAAUUAUCUUUUUCGUUUUUCCUUGUGUUUGACACCGAAAUUGAUUUAUAUUGUCUCAAAUCUUAUCUGUUUGUCACAAUGCAUAUCUUUUCUAUAUGUGGGACAGUCUCAGCAACUGUUCGUCUGUUUUUAUUUAGUCUUAUAUAUUAGUUUAUGUAAGAUUCACAAGUUAAUCACCUUCCCAUAUAAAGGAAUUCCGUUAAUGCUUCACACACUUGUAUAAGUGUAAUAGUUCGAUUCUCCGAAAUUCACUUCUUUCUUUUUUAGUACUGCUCAUGAGUACCGUUUCUGUCUAAAUGUUAUUGUUCAUUCGUUUUUUUAAUGUUCUGUGAUUCUCACUUUUUCCAUUCUUCACUAUCAUUUCAGCUUCUGGAUUGCUUCAGAAUAGGUGCUCUUUUUUGCUUCUAUGUUUCUACCAAUACUACUAAUACUUCUACUGAAACAAUACAAAAAAACUAGAUAUUUGAUCAAUUGGUAAUGCUUAGGUCUUUGCAAUGAAUUGGUGCUAUUGAUAUUUUUCUCUAAAUUUGACAUAAUAUUAUACUAGAUCUGUGUAUGUAUUUGUGUAUAACGGUCUUUGCAAAUGAGAAAAAACAACACCACAGCUCAAUAGGAUCACACUCGUUUUGAAAUGUACUCAAUAAUGAUGAUGCCUAUCUUUGAUAUCGUUGCGAUUUGUAUAAUGUACCAUAUAUAUAUGGCCUAUGUACCUCUUAAUUAUUGUUUUUUUAUUCCUUCGAGAUUAAUACAUUGAAAUUGCUGAAUAAAUAAUAUAUCGUUUUUCUUACAAAUUGUGUUACUAGAGAAUAGUUAUCGUCAAGUUUACAGCAUAAUUACACUAGGUAGAUAUUGCCGCUAUUUGAAUGUAUCUUAUGGGAUGGAGUAUAAAUAUUAGUUGAAAAUACCUGAGAAUUGUAGUGCAAAUUAUACUUUACUAAGUCAUGAAAUUUCCAUGGAAGGUGCAUAAAGAACUAUGAUAUUUGGCCAAUAUUUUUAAAACGAAAAAGAUUUGGGAAGUUGUACGGUGAAAAUGAAAAUUACACUUGACAGUAUAUAUGUGCUUACUUAUUUCUAAUAUUAAUAUUUUGUUGGUCUAAACUUGUGUAUUCUUUUAGUUCAUGCUCUAAUCGUACUCUUUAAUAUUUGCUUUUUAGUGUAGAAGUAGGUUGAACAAAAGCUGAGGUGGUGAUCAAGCCAAAACAGACUACUAGCCCAUAAAGUCAUUGACUGUUAAGGUGAAUUGUGUGGGGUGGUGUUGAUUCCCUGAUCAAGUACAAUGUAAUAUUCAUGAUCAAUGGUUGUAGACAUUAAGCGAUAUGACCCGAAAUCGGUCUUAAUUUUCCAGAUGUUAUUCACUUCUUAUCUCCUUAGAUCUUAUACCAUCAUUUCCAUUUUUCUUUAUAUAUAACCUUAAAACAAUUCAGAGAGGUCAUCCUUUUUCAAUAAAUUCAUCGACAAACAUUAUUUCUCAGGUUUAUUUAAAUAUUAACUCUUAGCAACUAGUGAUAUUUUUCUAUUUAAACGGACUUUUUCUCAGAAUAAUAUA